AUGUUAUCCAAACAAUUAAGAGGUUUAUCUAUUCUUAGGAAUAAUCGGGCUAGAUGUUCGCUUAUUAAUGGUGUUCGUCAAAUUUCUAGUGGAAAUUCGCCAUUAUCAGCGACCACUUCCGAUCCAAGCGGAGUCCAUACAGCGACUAUUGUUGAGCCACCUGUUGUAGCUCCGCCAUCUGGGUCGACGAUUACUUUAAAGAGUGCUACUAGAGAUGACUCUAAAUUUGGUACUAGGCCAAUCUACUUAGAUGUUCAGGCCACUACCCCCACCGAUCCAAGAGUUCUUGAUAGAAUGUUAGAAUUUUAUACUGGAUUGUAUGGUAACCCACACUCUUCUACUCAUUCAUAUGGGUGGGAAACGGAUAAGGAAGUCGAAAAGGCACGUAAGUAUGUUGCGGAUGUUAUUAAUGCUGAUCCAAAAGAGAUUAUAUUCACUUCGGGUGCUACGGAAUCUAAUAACAUGGCAGUUAAGGGUGUUCCUCGUUUCUAUAAGAAUACCAAGAAGCAUAUUAUUACUACCCAGACCGAACACAAGUGUGUUUUAGAUUCUGCCAGGCAUAUGCAAGAUGAAGGGUUUGAGGUCACAUACUUGCCGGUUAAUGAAGAGGGUUUAAUUAGCUUAGACGACUUGCGUAAAAGUAUUCGUAAAGAUACUUCGUUGGUAUCGAUUAUGGCCGUUAACAAUGAAAUUGGUGUGGUGCAACCUUUGAAGGAAAUUGGUAAGAUCUGUAGAGAGAAUAAAAUUUUCUUCCACACUGAUGCAGCACAAGCUUACGGUAAAAUUGAUAUUGAUGUUAACGAGAUGAAUAUUGAUUUGAUGUCUAUAUCUUCACACAAGAUUUACGGUCCAAAAGGUAUUGGGGCUUGUUAUGUAAGAAGACGUCCAAGAGUUAGAUUAGACCCAAUUGUGACUGGUGGUGGACAAGAAAGAGGUUUAAGAUCUGGUACUUUGGCACCGCCAUUAGUUGCUGGCUUCGGUGAAGCUUCUAGACUUAUGAAAGAAGAAAUGGACUAUGACCAAGCAUAUAUUCAUAGACUCUCUGAGAAAUUGAAGGCAGGCUUAUUAGCAAUUCCAUCUACUCAGUUUAAUGGAUGCUUAUCCAACCCAGAUUAUCAAUACCCGGGUUGUGUUAAUGUCUCAUUUGCCUACAUUGAGGGUGAAUCUUUAUUAAUGGCCUUGAAGGAUAUUGCUUUAUCUUCAGGUUCAGCCUGUACUUCUGCAUCAUUGGAACCAUCUUAUGUCUUACAUGCAUUGGGUGCAGAUGAUGCCUUAGCACAUUCUUCUAUUAGAUUUGGUAUUGGUAGAUUCACAACAGAAGCUGAGGUCGACUAUGUUAUCAAGGCUAUUACUGAGAGAGUAGAAUUUUUAAGAAAAAUGUCUCCAUUGUGGGAAAUGGUUCAAGAAGGGAUUGAUUUAAAUUCCAUUGAAUGGAGUGGUCAUUGA